AUGGCGCGGGCGGACACGGGCCGCGGGCUCCUGGCGCUGACCUUCUGCCUGCUGUCCGCGCGCGGGGAGCUGCUGUUGCCCCAGGAGACAACCGUCAAGCUGAGCUGUGAUGCAGGGCCACUGCAAGUGGUCCUGGGCCCCCAGCAGGCUGCAGUGCUCGACUGUAGUUUGGGGGCUGCUGCUGCUGGACCGCCAACCAGGGCGACAUGGAGCAAGGAUGGGGACACCGUGCUGGAACAUGACCACCUGCGCCUGCUACCCAACGGCUCCCUGUGGCUGUCCUCACCUCCAGAAUCAGAAGACAGUGCUGACGAGGAAGCUUUUAGGACACGAAAGGUCAUUGAGGGCAGCUAUUCCUGUCUGGCCCAUGGCCCACUGGGAAUCGUGGCCAGCCAGGUUGCUGUGGUUAAGCUUGCCACGCUUGCUGACUUCUCUCUGCACCCAGAGUCCCAGACAGUGGAGGAGAAUGGGACAGCACGCUUUGAAUGUCACACGGAGGGGCUGCCAGUCCCCAUCAUUACUUGGGAAAAAGACCAGGUGACAGUGCCUGAGGAGCCUCGGCUUAUCAUUCUUCCCAAUGGCGUCCUCCAGAUCCUGGAUGUCCAGGACAGUGACACAGGCUCCUACCGCUGCGUGGCCACCAAUUCAGCCCGCCAACGCUUCAGCCACGAGGCUUUACUGAGUGUGGCCCUCAGAGGGUCCUUGGAGGCUAGCAGGGGCCAAGAUGUGGUCAUUGUGGCAGCCCCUGAGAACACCACAGUAGUGUCUGGACAGAGUGUAGUGAUGGAGUGUGUGGCUUCUGCUGACCCCACGCCUUUUGUGUCCUGGGUCCGACAGGAUGGGAAGCCUAUCUCCACGGAUGUCAUCGUUUUGGGCCGGACCAAUCUACUCAUCGCCAGUGCGCAGCCCCGACACUCUGGUGUGUAUGUCUGCCGAGCCAACAAGCCCCGCACUCGCGACUUCGCCACCGCUGCAGCUGAGCUCAGAGUGCUGGGGGCUCCUGCUAUCUCGCAAGCGCCAGAGGCGUUGUCGAGGACGCGUGCCAGCACCGCGCGGUUCGUGUGCCGCGCGUCGGGGGAGCCACGACCCACGCUGCGCUGGCUGCACGACGGGGCACCGCUGAGACCCAACGGGCGCGUCAAGGUGCAGGGCGGUGGUGGCAGCUUGGUCAUCACGCAGAUCGGCCUGCAGGACGCCGGCUACUACCAGUGCAUAGCAGAGAACAGCGCUGGAACCGCGUGUGCGGCUGCGCCCCUGGCGGUGGUGGUGCGCGAGGGGCUUCCCAGCGCCCCCACUCGGGUUACGGCCACGCCUCUGAGCAGCUCCGCUGUGCUGGUGGCCUGGGAGCGGCCUGAACUGCACAGCGAGCAAAUCAUUGGCUUCUCCCUUCAUUACCAAAAGGCAAGGGGAGUGGACAACGUGGAGUACCAGUUUGCAGUGAACAAUGACACCACAGAGCUGCAGGUUCGGGACCUGGAGCCCAACACGGAUUAUGAAUUCUACGUGGUGGCCUACUCCCAGCUAGGGGCCAGCCGCACCUCCAGCCCAGCCCUGGUGCAUACACUGGAUGAUGUCCCCAGUGCGGCACCCCAGCUUGCCCUGUCCAGCCCCAACCCCUCAGACAUCAGGGUGGCAUGGCUGCCCCUGCCUUCGGGCCUGAGCCACGGCCAGGUGGUGAAGUACAAGAUAGAGUACGGCUUGGGAAAGGAAGAAGAUCAGGUUUUCUCCACUGAGGUACCCGGGAAUGAGACACAGCUUACGUUAAACUCACUUCAGCCGAACAAGGUAUACCGAGUCCGGAUUUCGGCCGGCACGGGGGCUGGCUACGGAGUCCCUUCCCAGUGGAUGCAGCACAGGACACCUGGCAUGCACAACCAGAGCCAUGUUCCCUUUGCCCCUGCAGAACUGAAGGUGAGGGCAAAGAUGGAAUCCCUGGUGGUGUCAUGGCAGCCGCCCCCUCACCCCACCCAGAUUUCUGGAUACAAACUCUACUGGCGUGAGGUGGGGGCAGAGGAAGAGGCAGACGGUGACCGCCCCCCAGGGGGCCGAGGAGACCAGGCUUGGGACGUGGGACCCGUGAGGCUCAAGAAGAAAGUGAAGCAGUAUGAACUGACUCAGCUAGUCCCUGGCAGGCUGUACGAGGUGAAGCUCGUAGCUUUCAACAAACACGAGGACGGCUACGCAGCUGUAUGGAAAGGCAAGACUGAGAAGGCGCCCACGCCAGACCUGCCUAUCCAGAGGGGGCCGCCCCUGCCUCCUGCCCACAUUCACGCGGAGCCAAACAGUUCCACCUCCAUCUGGCUUCGGUGGAAGAAGCCAGACUUUACCACCGUCAAGAUUGUCAACUACACUGUGCGGUUUGGUCCUUGGGGACUCAGGAAUGCCUCCCUGGUCACCUACUAUACCAGCUCUGGAGAAGACAUCCUCAUUGGCGGGCUGAAGCCAUUCACCAAGUAUGAGUUUGCGGUACAGUCCCACGGUGUGGAUAUGGAUGGGCCUUUUGGCUCCGUAGUAGAGCGCUCCACCCUGCCUGACCGACCUUCAACACCCCCCUCUGACCUACGCCUGAGUCCCCUGACACCAUCCACUGUUCGGCUACACUGGUGUCCCCCCACGGAGCCCAAUGGUGAGAUCGUGGAGUAUCUAAUUCUCUACAGCAACAACCACACUCAGCCUGAGCAUCAGUGGACACUACUCACCACAGAGGGAAACAUCUUCAGUGCAGAAGUGCAUGGCCUGGAGAGUGACACCCGGUAUUUCUUCAAGAUGGGGGCCCGCACAGAGGUGGGACCGGGGCCCUUCUCCCGCUUACAGGAUGUGAUCACUCUCCAGGAGACGUUCUCAGACUCCUUGGACGUGCACUCCGUCACAGGUAUCAUCGUGGGCGUCUGCCUGGGCCUGCUCUGCCUCCUGGCUUGCAUGUGUGCCGGCCUCCGACGGAGCUCCCACAGGGAAGCCCUCCCAGGGCUGUCCUCCACAGCCACCUCUGGGAAUCCAGCACUGUACUCCAGAGCUCGACUUGGGCCCCCCAGUCUCCCUUCUGCCCAUGAGCUGGAGUCCCUGGUGCACCCCCGUCCUCAGGACUGGUCCCCACCUCCCUCAGAUGUGGAAGACAAGGCUGAAGUGCACAGCCUUAUGGGUGGCGGCGUUUCAGAUUGCCGGGGCCACUCCAAGAGAAAGAUCUCCUGGGCUCAACCAGGUGGCCUGAACUGGACAGGCUCCUGGGCAGGCUGUGAGCUGCCCCAGGGCAGUGGUCCUAGGCCUGCUCUGACCCGUGCCCUGCUGCCUCCAGCUGGAACUGGGCAGACACUAUUGCUGCAGGCUCUGGUGUAUGAUGCCAUAAAGAGCAACGGGAGAAAGAAGCCACCCCCAGCCUGCAGGAAUCAGGUGGAGGCCGAGGUCAUUGUCCACUCCGACUUCGGUGCGUCCAAAGGAAGUCCUGACUUCCACCUCCCAGACCUGGAACCUGAGGAACCCCUGCCUACAGAGGCUCUGCCUUCCACCUCAGGGGUUGUGGAUCUGUCUCAAGGAACAGACUGGCUGGGCGGGGAGCUGGAAAGCUGCGAAGAGGCAACCAGUGGGCCAGAGAGGCUCACCUGCUUGCCAGAGGCAGCCAGUGCCUCCUGCUCCUGCCCAGACCUCCAGCCUAGCACCUCUCUUGAGGAGGCCCCUGGAAAAAGCUCUCAGCCCAAAGCCCUGUGCCCUCUAGCGGUCAGCCCAAGCCUCUCCAGGGCUCCUGUCACCUCUGCUCAGCUUCCCUGAGCAAAGGCUGGUGUGGCUCAGGAUCGUGACAUGCAUGGCCAUAUGUGCGUACUAGCGACAAGCCUUUUGGAGCCUCUUAGGAUCCUUUUGGCUGGGAUGGGGGAGACCUUCACUCACUCCUCCAUAUUCUCCACAUACGGGAUGCUGGAGGGACUUGAGACCAGCUCCAUGGGACGGACAUGUAUGGAGUCCCGUGUGUGCGCUGGUUGAGCUGGGAAACCUCCCCCUGUGUAGCGGUCACCAUGGUCUAAUGAAUCCUCCAUGGCAGGAUGGUAUAACAGUGAUCAGUGCCAGCUCUUUGAGCCAUAGCUUUGUCACCCAGUCUUUUAUUACACUCUGAGAGUGUCUCCAAUGCCGUGUCUACGAAGACAGCCCCAGCCCCUCUGCCGUCAGCUGGGCUGAGCUGAGUGCCUGUCAACUCCGCGGGCCUACAUUGCAGCUGCAUGGCCGUCAUCCCCCUGGCCUCCUAAGGCCCAGAAGGCUGGGGGAGCCCAGCUCAGCCCCCCUCUCCCUGGAGCAACCCUGCACCUAAUUUUGUAAUAUGGGAAGUGCCUGGUUUGGGAAAUCUUCUUUCUCCCCGCCCCCUCUUCUGUGCCCCUUCGUUGUUCUAGUGAUCUGUCUCUUGUUGCCUUGCUCCCUUAUCCCAGGGCCCUUCUCUUUCCUGUGAUGCCUCUCAGCUUCCCGCGGCUCUGUCCCUUUCUCUCUGUCUCCCAUGCUUGUCAUUGUGUCACAGGUUUCUCGUCCCUGGCUUCAACCUAUGCACCCUUCCCUAACAACGUGACUACCUCAUGUCUGCUUCAGACCAUAGUGUGACCCCUGGGUCCCCAUGGCUCCCCUGCCAACACCCUUUCCAGGCAAAUGAUCCACUCCGGAUAGAUUUGGGAAAGACCUUUUGGCGUCCCUGGUCCCCUUCUCCUUGGGAUUGAGAUGGGUAGGCUUUCUAUGGAAAUGAUGAAUCCAGGCUGUACCAGGGAAGCUGCAGAAGGGGUAGGGACUGAAACCCAGAGGCUGAGCAAAAUGACCGCCACCCAUCUGCACAGAAAAAUGGGUGUGCGUUUUUUUUUUUGUUUUUUUUUUUUUGUUUUUUUUUAGCCGCGCAGUCUCCAGUUCUGGCUGAGGCUGGAGGGGGUGAGGGUAGCUGAGUUAAGUGAGCACUUGAACUUGACUGGAUUCGGAGUGGGAAAGGAGUUUCCUCCAAGAUGCUAGAAGGGAUGUCCCUGCACAGGAAGAGGGUGGGUGGCUCGUUUUGUUAGAUUUUUCCCUUAAAUGGGAUCCUGAGAUCAUCUUCCCACAAAGGGACAAGCCUGACUUGUACCUCCUGGGUCGCGAAAGCCAUGCCAUCUGUUUGGUGUCUCACCUCAGUCAUUCUCCAGGAGUGCAGAAUGUGGGAUCUCUGCUCUCCCUCUUGCUGGCAUACCAAGAGUUAACUCUGACUUCUGGGCCAAAUUAGAGAUAACCAGUGUAUCUUUCCUUUUUUUUUUUUUUUUUAAUGUCUUUCAGCAGAGUUGCAGCCUCCACAGCCCCUGAAAGCAUCUGUGUUUAUUACCCUCGUGUGUCACUCACGUUUGACACCUCACCUACAUUUCCUCCUCCUCCCCUCUUCAGCCAGCCUAUGAUAACACUAAAGAUUAUUAAUGUUGGUUUCGUGUCUCGUUAAAGACGGGAUUGUCACUUGAACUACUUCUAUAGCUUUCAGAGUGGCCAUGGCCAACACCACUGUGUGUUUCUUCAUUGCUCUGAAGGUCAAAAGCCUCAUUUUAUUUUGUUGGUUAGGUUUUUUUCUCCUUGCCUUGAAUGAAAUAGCUGUUUUAACAGUAGGCUCUUAGCAUUGCGCCACACCACAUAGUCAUUUCUCAUGUUCUUGUUUAACAGGCACUGAGGUUCUGGUUUAAAUUAAAUAGCUGCAAAUGAGACAAUUUAUAACCCAUUAGGUUGGGUGGAAAAUUGUUUCUCAAAAGCAAAUAAGUAAUAAAUCUGGUAUCUGCCUAUAACUCACAGUUGAUAAGAACGUAGCCAUUACUCACAAGCAUUAUAUAUGAUUCGGGUUCCGAGUAACUGGGGAGUGCUCCAUCUGUGGCUUUGCAGCAGCAGGUUUUAUUAGAAAAGAGUCUAUUGGCCUUUUACAGGGUAUUAAUCCUUUUGUCGCUUGCCAUGGAUGCCUUAAAUUCUUUUGAGUCUCAUUUAAAAAUCUUCCUUUUCUCGAAGCAUGACAAGUGUACUCAGUACUUACAUGCUCACUUAUUUACCCAGACUUAGCUUAUGCUGUAUUAUUUAAUUGCAUUUCCAGCAUCAUGUUUCCUCUUACAAAUAUGAUAUUCUUUAGUGUUACACUAAGGCAUUGAUCAUAUAUCUGUCCCUAUAAUGAAUAAAUAAACUAUUUUCCAGA